AUGACGGACUCUACGCCAUUGGACUUUACUACCUUCUCCAAUGUCAUCAACAACGAACUGACCUCGAGUUCACAAACCCGAACUGGAAUCAACCCUGCCACAACUGAACCUAACCCACCCGUCCCAGUAUCAACUCAAGAUGACCUCGACAAGGCCGUGAAAGCCGCUAGAACCGCAUUCAAGACCUGGUCCAAGACCUCCUUCAAUGAGCGGCGCAAAGCCCUCAACGCCUGGGCCGACGCCAUCGACGCCAACGCAGAUGGCUUCGCAAAGACCCUGACAAUGGAGCAGGGCAAGCCAUUGACACAAGCAAGCGCCGAAGUCGGAAUGGUAGGCACCUGGACCCGUGGACUCAGCUCAAUCGAAAUCAAAGAGAACGUCAUUGAAGAGACAGACGACCGCAAGAUCGUGCAGCGCUAUACACCCAUGGGUGUGGUCGGUGCCAUCGUUCCCUGGAACUUCCCUGUCCUACUGGCUGUGGGCAAAAUCGUGUCAGCUGUCUACACAGGCAAUCCCGUGAUCGUGAAACCAUCCCCGUUCACACCAUACUGCGACCUGAAGCUCGCCGAGCUAGCAGCCCACUUCUUCCCACCGGGAGUGAUCCAAUGUCUCAGCGGCGACGACUCCCUGGGUCCCAUGUUCACCGACCACGCCGGUAUCGACAAAAUCAGCUUCACAGGCUCAAUCAUAACCGGCAAGCGAGUCAUGGCCUCCUGCGCUAAGACCCUCAAACGCGUAACCCUCGAACUAGGCGGUAAUGACCCAGCAAUCAUCUGUAACGACGUAGACAUUGACGCGGUGAUCCCCAAAAUCGGAAUCCUUUCUUACCUCUGCAGUUCGCAGAUCUGUAUGAUGAUCAAACGCCUUUACGUCCACGAAGAGAUCUACGACGCCUUCUUGGAGAAACUAAUCACAUUCGUCAAAACCCUGAAAGUAGGCAACGGAACCGAAGCAGACACCUUUUUCGGACCCGUCCAGAAUGAAAUGCAAUUCAAAAAAGCCAAAGAACUGUUCUCCACUAUCAAAACUGAGAACCUGAAACCCGCACUCGGAGGUACCAUCGAAAACUCCGCGGGAUACUUCAUCCAUCCCACGAUUAUCGAUAACCCGCCUGACUCCUCGCGCGUCGUACAGGAAGAACCCUUCGCUCCUAUUCUGCCAAUUAUGAAAUGGUCCAAUGAAGAUGAUGUAAUUGAGCGUGCUAAUGCGCUGGAAACGGGCCUCGGAGCAUCAGUCUGGUCGAAGGAUUUCGAGCGCGCGACACGCAUUGCGGAUCAACUGCAGUCUGGUUCGGUUUGGGUUAAUAGCCAUUUUGAUGUUUCGCCCACUGCGCCUUUUGGGGGCCAUAAGCAGAGUGGAAUGGGUGUCGAAUGGGGUCUUACUGGUCUGCUAGGUUAUUGUAAUUCGCAGACGCAGUGGCUUAAGAAGAGCUUUUAG